CGCGGCCGUCGCUUCCCGCAUCAGACCGGACGGGGAUCUGGCGCCGCGGAGCCAGGUCGCAGAGCUGGUGGGCCAUGGCGCUGCCUCUGAGAACGUCGCUGACGCUGUGUUUGGCGCCGCGGAGUCGGGCGUUCAGCGUGUCCGCCGCACAGCAGGCAAACAGCGCAUACAAGCUGGUGGUGGUCGGCGGCGGCUCGGGAGGAUGCAGCGUGGCCGCCAAGUUCGCCAAGAAGCUGGGCAAGGGGAAGCUGGCGGUCAUCGAGCCGGCCCAGACGCACUACUACCAGCAUUGGACGCUGGUCGGGGGUGCUGAGUCGGCGAAGCAAUCCGGCAGACCCAUGAAGACGUGCUUGCCCGCGGCACCGACUGGAUACAGGACCGACGCUGUGUCGUUUGACCCGAGCUCCAACAAAGUGACCACCAGCUCGGGCGACGAGAUCAGUUAUGAGUACUUGGUGGUGGCCAUGGGCAUCCAGAUCAACUGGGACGGGAUCAAAGGGCUGAAGGAGGCGCUGGACACGCCCGGCGUCUGCUCAAAUUACUCCCCCAAAUACGCUGAGAAGACGUAUAAGGAGCUGCAGGCAUUUAAAGAGGGGAAUGCUAUCUUCACUUUCCCCAACACGCCAAUCAAGUGUCCCGGAGCACCGCAGAAGAUCAUGUACAUCGCUGAUCAGUACUUCAGAAAGACGGGGAAGCGCGACAAGGCCAACAUCAUCUACAACACCUCCCUGCCGGUGCUAUUCGGCGUGAAGAAGUACGCCGACGCGCUGUGGGAGGUGGUGAAGAAGCGUGACAUCACGGUCAACACGCGCCGCUGUCUGACGGAGGUGCGGCCCGACACACGCGAGGCAGUCUUCGUCAACCUCGACAACCCGGAUGAGCAGUACGUCGAGGAGUACGAGAUGCUGCAUGCGACGCCCAACAUGUCGGCACCAGACGUGCUGAAGUCCUGUCCUGACCUCUGUGACGCCGCGGGCUACGUGGAUGUCAGCAAGGACACCAUGCAGCACAACCGGUUCCCGAACGUGUUCGCCAUCGGAGACUGCUCCAGCCUGCCUACCUCCAAGACGGCCGCGGCUGUGGCGGCAGAGUGCGGAAUCUUGGCCAAGAACCUGCGGGCGGUGAUGGCGGGCCAGAAGGCGCAGGCCACCUACGACGGCUACACGUCCUGUCCGCUCGUCACCGGCUACAGCAAGGCCAUCCUGGCCGAGUUCAAGUACGGCGCAGAGCCGCUCGAGACGUUCCCCAUCAACCAGGGCAAGGAGCGCUGGACCUCCUUUAUCAUGAAGAAGGAGCUGAUGCCGUUCCUCUACUGGAAGCUCAUGCUCAAUGGCAACUGGAACGGGCCGAGGACGUUCCGGAAGCUGUUACACUUCGGCAUGGGGAACUGAGUGGAGCAACAUCAGUCGCGGGAAAUGGGUCCGCGGACCAGCUGGACGGUCCCCCAGCUGCCGGCCAGGGGACCAGUGGCUGCACAACUGAAGAGUGGUGGCGACGCCCUGCACCUCUGGAACGGGGACCGAAAGCGACUCCGAAGAUGCCGGCUGUCACCGCCAGACAGGGCCCGCGGCAGGCGACAUGUUAUGGAGUCGCGAGACCGUGAGGUCGAGUCUGAGGACUCUGAGGACUAACUCUGAGGACUCUGAGUCUGGUGCUCUGAGGACGGAGCUGGGAGAGCUCUGCGACAGGAGGGGAAGGAACUGCGAGUGAGCCACGAGUAAGAUGGUCGGCUGCAUUGUCGUGCAAUUACUGGGGCCCAGACAGGAGCGAACGGCGUUAAUUUGCUCCCGGAGGGGAGCGUCCGCUUGUUGUAAUACCGUAACCUUUACUUUCUGACCGUGUGCGAGCCACAGUUUUACAAUAUACAUGACCGUUUACUCUAU